AUGCAAACAAACAAUGUCUAUGAUACUUUUUUUCAACAAGACGAAGCAGCAUACAUUGGUGCUUUUAGUACUCUAAUAAAAGAUUCUUAUUCAGCACCACUUCCUGGAGACUUGGUAGCCAUGUGUAAGAAUCAGAAUCAAGUUACAGUGUCAACAGUUAAAUCAAUAACAACUUCAAUGUUAUCAUCUGAUUUACAAAUAUUUUGUGGUACUGAAACCAUAUGCACCAUACCAACUGGCUUUACAGUUACAAUGAAUAGCAAUUUAAACGUUGCUGCUUUAGUUUUGGAUGGUUCAUUAGUUUGGAAUGACGUUACUCAACCUUCAAGUGAUCAAUGGUUGUGUGCUGGUUACAUUGCUGUCAAUGGAGGUCAAUUCGACAUGAAUCUAACGAGUAAACAAGGUUAUAUUUACAUUAAAAACAAUGGUCUCAAGCAUCCAAUGGUUCAGACUCGUGCGUUUGGUUCCUAUAAUGCUGGUAAAAUACGUGUUAGUGGUCGCCCUCUUGUUAGAACAUGGUCUUUACUAGCUGAUAAAGCUACAUAUGCUCCGACUAUGCCAAGCUCAAACGGAAAUGCUGAAGAUUAUACAAUCGGAGGAUUCGAGGCUCACAAUACUAUAAAAUUGCUUAGUAAAGACGGAACUUCAACUGGUGUUAUAUCGUCAAUAUUUGAGUCAAAAACCCUGUAUACAGGCGAGAAUAUGUCUGCUCUCAUGCAAGCUGAAGUCAUUAAUCUUUCGCGUAAUAUUAUAAUUACCGGAGACGAUUUUCAACAUGUUAAUUGUGUGAACGAUGUAGUUGACGGCAAACCACCCGAUCAUAUUCAAGCCGACCAUUGUUCAUGUUGGAAAAAUAUUAACAGAAAUCAAUGCACUCUUGGAUUGCAUACAAUUGCAAUUGGACCCGGUUCUGUUUUAUCUUUCCAAUAUACAAGGAUUGAGAAAUGUGGCCAACGUGGUAUUUUAGGAAAAUACUGUGUACAUUUACAUUUAAUUAGUAAUUGUUCUGAUUGUAAAAUUAUUGGCAAUGCUUUUGAGUAUGGUCAUCAAAGAGGUACCACUAUUCAUGGAACACAUUUAGCGACUGUAGAGAAUAAUGUUUACAAUGACAUUCGUGGUGCAACAAUAUACGUUGAAGAUGGAAAUGAAAUGUAUAAUAGAAUAUUUUAUAAUGUUGGAAUAUGUCCUUGGGCAAAAUCUGGAGAAAAAAGAGGAUGUACUAUACCAGGCACCGAUAAUGAUCAAGCGGAUACUACAUUAAAUCAAGCUGGUUUAUGGGGUUUGAGUUUUACUAGUUAUGCUAUUGGAAAUCGUUUUGCUAAUAAUUACAAUGGCAUGUUGUAUCAAGAGCAAGGAUUUGAUAGCGGUCGAGGUCUCUUAAGUGGUUUAGAAUGCCUUAGUUUUCAACAAAUUGGAAGAUUAGAAGGAAAUACUUUUCACGGUUGUGGAAGAUUUGGUACAUAUGUACUUGCAAGUGUGUUUCCAAAAAAAACCGAUAGAUCAAUUGAAAAAAAUGGUUUACCAACUUUAAGCACAUGUCAAGAAUGGACUACAAGUGGUGAAGAUAAUGGAUUACCAGCGACAUUUAUGCAUAAUAUAGAUUAUAACAAUGUAUUUGUAGGCCAAUAUAAUGCUGGUGAUUUACAGUAUCGAUUUCAUACGAGUAUUAAUAACAAUAAUUUGAUUUAUUGGAAAGAAACAAAAAAUUUUCAAGACGGUUGUUCUGCUCAUAUUGCUGACUCAUUUUAUAGCUCAGGUAAUUUAGCUUUGCCUGAUGGUCAUGGAACGUUUAUUUUGGAAAAUAUGAUUUUUAAUGACCAAGUUCAUUUUGAAUCAAGUCAUCAUUGUCAAGUUGGAGUAACAGGAGUACUUUGUAUGCCAACUUAUGUGUUUGUCAAUAUGAAAUGGACUGGUGUUAUAUCUGAUGACCGACCAAUCUUAAAAUGGGGACCAAAUAAUGGAGCUAUGUUUACACUUGGACCUGAUGAUGAGAAAAACUUCAAUGGAAAUAAAUUAUUUCCAGCUGGAUUUUGUUCUAUAGUCAAUCCAUAUUGGUCCUAUCUUUUAGCAUUGGAUAAUGGUGCGUCUUGUUUUAAUUCGAAUGAUAUUGCUAGACUUUUAAAUCAAGAUCCUGGUAAAUUUGCACAAAAAUAUGAUGGUGGAGCAAUUUUUUGCAAAAGACCUGUUCGCCGACUUGAAAUAUUUACAUUUAAUGAAGAUGGUGGAAGCUAUCAACCGAUGCGGUUGGAACUUUGGCAAUCGGGUAAUCUGAUAAGCUCAGUUACGUUAAAUCAUUUUCAAAUUGGAGACAGAAAACGAGGUUACAGUGCCACUGUUGUUCCUGAUUUGGAUCACCAGUACAAAUUGUCAAUGACUAAUGGAGGAAAUAUAUCUCCUAAUUGGAUUAUUGAAUUUUCUGACCCGAUUUUUGGAAAUCGUUGGAAGAGAGAUGAGAUUGAUCUUGUUGUUGCUGGUAGAAACUGUCCAUAUCCAGUUCACUCUCAGCAUGAUCGAAGAUACAUUUGGUCUGGAGAUAAUUAUCUUACAGUAAAAGGAAGAGGAGCUUGCACAUCUUUUCCUGACAUGCCACCCGCUGACUGUAGAUCUCAACCAAAAUUAAGUAAUGUUGAGGAUUGUCCUGGCAAAUGUCCGAAUGGUUGUACAAAUGGAUACUGUGAUUGUGCGACAGGAGAGUGUUUGUGCAAUCCGGGAUUUUCUGGUUUAAAUUGUAAUAUUGAUACUUGUGCUGCUGCCGGAUGCGUCAAUGGUAAUUGUGCUGCUCUAUACCUUGGAGGAAGUUUGUUUGUUACAAAAAAACCAUGUGUUUGCAUCGAUGGGUGGUAUGGUGAUAGAUGUGAUACAACAACGCCACCAGUUCCAGAUCCAGAUCCAGCGCCCACAUGCUUUAAUGGAUGUCAUUUUUACAUGGAUAGUGAUGUUGCCGGUGGACAGUUUGGAGGUAUUGCAGCAUCAGAUCCAAAAGUUUGCUGUACGGAGUGCAAUAAGAAUGCAGCCUGUAAUUCAUGGGUGUUUUUUUCUUAUAAUUGCUAUUUAAAAACAGGAACACAAAGAAUUCAUAAAUCUGGAGUCAUAUCAGGAAUUAAAUGUUCAGCUGGAAUAGAUUCUAGUACAAAUGCGCCCAUUACGACAGCACCUGUUACGACAGCAUCUGUUACGGCAGCACCUAUAACACCCAACUGUGAUGGUAAAUGCAAAGGUCAAUACCCAUACGGCUGUAAUUCUGGCUUUCAAAUUGGAUAUUGUAAUGCAGGAGGUGGAUGUUAUUAUUCUAUUACUAAUGAUCCAAAUUGGUGUUGCUUCAAAGGUUGUAAUCAACAGCCAUCUGACACAAGCUCACCAGUUUUGACAAAUGCGCCAACAACAGUUACUGUAGCACCUGUAUCAGCUUCCUGUGAUGGCAAAUGCUCUGGACAAUAUCCUUAUGGUUGUAACUCUGAUUUUUCUAUAGGAUACUGUUCUUCUUGGGGUGGAUGCAGCUAUUCUACAAUGGAUGAUCCUAAUUGGUGUUGUUUCAAAGGCUGUUGA